AGCUACUGAGUGUUGUUUAAAAGCUCCAGUUCCCGCCGUUUCCUCCUCACUGUUAUCUCUAUCAAAAAUUUCACCAUCUUCAUGACAUGAUCAUUCUGUUGUAUCGCAAAUGGAACAAAUUGUUAACCACCUCACAAUCUCAGACCUAGUCCGCCGUGCCCAGCCCCUCACCGCCACUUCUUCUCUCAAUUCGUCCUCAUCUAUCCCUUUUAACUCAUCAAACUCAAAACCUCCACCCUUACCUUCUGCCGGAAUCCCCCCAAAAACCUCAAACCCUAACCCUAAAUUACUCUCCCCUUUGACUUACCCUGCUACCCUCACCGGUACCAUAACUCUCCCAGCUGAAACCCUAAAAUGUCCAAGCAAGAACUGCUUUCAAUUCUCCGACGGUACAUCCACAAUCUGCUGCGAUAUUCUCAAUUUCAGCAUCGGUGUAAUCGGUAGUAAAAUUCAAGUGCUCUCCUGGAAUUUCAUUCCUCUUAAACACUCUCCUUUCGGGUUUCUUGAGAUUAUUAAGUAUAAUAUAUCAUACUCAAAUCGUAAUUUUUCUACUCUAUCUCGCUGUUCAAAUAUAGAUUCGUUGCCUAUUAAUUUAGGUGGUUCUACUUCUACUACCAAGGAAGUUAAUUCCAAAUCCAAGUCUAACUAUUGCCUUCACGGCCCAAUAGAAUCGAUAAGCCCUGUUUCAGUCGUUCCAUGUUCACUCGGUGCUGCUAAUGCUAACAGGUCAAACAAUCUUCGAGGUUUUAUUGCACAAAUGAGGGGUUGUGAGUGUAGAAUAUGUAAAUCUAAAAAGUCUCCUAGUACGGUUUUGCACAGGUUAGAUAAAGGGCGGGAUUGUCAUUCUUUUACAAAACCUUUGUUUGUGUAUUUUUAUGGUGAUUCUUCUAGUUGGCAUUCUGUGAUUACCAAGCUUGUGAGGAAAGUUGUGACAUUAUCGGGCUUGAAAAAAAAGUUGGUUUUUGUAGGGAAAGAGGAGUCUCAGUUGAUAUUUGUGAUUACGGAGAAUUCCGUUGUUCAUUUUCCUAGAUUAUUAUCUGAAAAUCAGUCACCUUUUACGAAAAACAUUGCAUUAGGGAAAGGUGAAUGUGGUGAUUAUAAGGGUGUUGUUAGUGGUAUAUACAUGCAAGGAAUGGUUGUUGAGCUGGAUAAAGAAGUAUGGCUUUUGUUAACUGAUCAACUACUUGUUGUACCACAUAGUCUUAGAGUGGGCUCUAUAGUUUCUUUGAGGAAUGUACAUUUUGUUAAUCCAAAAUUCACUUGGACUCGAAUGCUCAUACUUGGAGCUUGCUUUCAGACUAGCGUUACUGUUGAUUCAUUCUCUCCACUGGAAACUGGGUGUCAUAUAAUUUCCCAAUCGCAAAGUCAGUUAGGGAAGUUCAUCGAGUCGCUAACCUAUUCUGCAAGAAUGUGGGCACUGCUUGUCAUUUCAUCUUUUCGGAAAAAGUUUGCUGCAAUGUUAUCAGAAAAGGACAUUCUGGGAUCAGUACAUAAGGAAGGACUGGCUCAUAUGUUUGCUAGCUCAUAUAUAUCCUCUUCAGCGAUUCGAGCUCGGCAUGGGAUACUUUUGGAAUUGUGCAAGCAUGAUGCGUUUGGUUGUGGUACUGAACCAUAUUGUCCUAAUUUGAAAUUGGUGCCAGCUAUCUCUACCUUUCUUCAUCAUUGUGACGCCAUGUGGACGAAAAUGCUGCUACAGCUGGAGAGCAACAGUGAAACAUUUCCCGACAACUGGCUCUCUAGUCUUCUAUCAUGUAAAGCGAAUAAUCAUGGUCAACCGUUCAGGAGGAUUUUUCAGAGUGAAGAUAUAGGUGCUUCUCUGCUUGGGAGUCUAAAGGUUUGUCCAUCUUCUGGAAGGUUUCAGCUAGUUGAUGCAACUGGCAGCAUUGACGUUAUAAUACCUGAUAUUCCCUCUGAUUGGAAGUCCAAUUGUAUCUACGAGGUUGUCAACUAUAGUCUAAUUAUGGAAGGUAAGGCUGACCUUUUAGAUCAUCGUGGAUCUCCCGGAAGUGAGUCAUUUUCCUGUAGGCAAAUCUUUCAGUGCAACCCAUGGGCAGGAGAGACGAAAUUGACAACCUAUAUCUACUUUCAUUUAAGCGGUGCAACCUGCAAAAAUCUUCCUUUUUAUCCCUCUGUGUGCCCGAACUAUAAAUGUGAGGAGCUUCAAUGUGGAAGCUUUCAUCUGAUUUAUAUAACACACAAAUACCCUGUUCUAGAAAAGUUUCAAGGGGAACUGUUGGUAUCAGAUAGGUCUACUGUGUUUGCUGAGGCCAUUAUCUUGCCCUGGGAUCUAUUUAUUGCUGAGAAAGAAGGAACUCCACUUGCAGUUGCUGUUUCAGGGGAUCAGUUGAAUGUACCAAUAUUACGUUAUCCUAGUGACAGUUACCAGGAAUGUCCUCCCAAUAAGAAGUGUAAAAUUGAUCAGGCAUCAAGCCAGACUCUUGUUUCAGAUUUGAUAAAUGACUGCUAUGGCUGUUGUGAACUGAGCACUUGCUCUAGCUCUUUUCGGGAAUCGAACAUGGAAAUUUGUAAAAACUCGGAUCCUUUUGAAAUUCCAUGCUCGGUCACUGUCAGAAAUGGUAAUAGUCAUAACUUUGUUGGUUUGGGAAAAUUAUCCUGCACGAGACGCAAGACAAACACAUGUGCUGACUUUAAACCAAGUGCAGAGAAGGUGUUGCUGGAAUUCAACUCCGAAGAUCUUUGCAAGUAUCAGUUGUUGCAGAUUGGCAAUUAUUACAUCAUAAAGCACCAUGAUGAAGAACCUUUCUGCAGUAUUAGGCAUAAUUUUGUUAGUGGCGUCAAGGCUUUCAUCUCUUCCGCAAUACAUAUGUGGAGCAUUUCCUUCUUGUCUGAUGAUGUAGCCACAGAUAAUAGAUUAGUAAAUGAUCCCUUACUAGAUAAUUUAUCUUUCAGCUCUGGAGGCUGUUUGAAAAGAGUUCAAGUUGAGUCAUUGCUAAGAGUCACUGAUAAUCCUCCAGAAUCUUGUUCAGAUGUUUGUCUUCAUCUUGCUGCCAACGCAUUGCUUUUCUUUGAUGUCAAGCUUAAUGAUUCUUCUGACUUUUUAACCACAGUAUCUUCAUCUAGUUUCCCUUCUGGAUCUCUUGAUUACAGUUCGCUUCUCCCUGAAGGAAAUUUAACAUCUGUCCGUGGAGACGUGAUAGCCAUUCAUGGUUUUGAUUAUACUUCUGCUAAUGCUAGUUUAAGCAGAAAAAGUUUAGAUGAUGAUCUCAACAUGAGAUUCUUUCAGGAGAGAACAAGAAUGUCUAUUCAUGUUUUGGUGGAUAAUCAAAUGGUGACAAUUUCUGGUUCUUAUAGCAAACACAGAUAUCCUGUUGGAUUUGGGCCUAAUGUAAAUGCUACGUUUCAUCGAGUUCUUAUUUCGAGGGGAACAAGUGAAUUGAGGCUGACAACUGUCUCAUUUAUUGUUUUGAACUCCAUAAGUAUUGCAAAUGAACCGAUCAGGGAACAAUCUGCUAAUAUUCAAUUUAAACACAAUUCGUCGCCUGCCCGUGCUUUGGAAGAUUUUUCUUCUGGUAUAAUUGCUGAGUUGAUUAAGUGCACAGAUGGCAAGCCUAUGCAGUUCAAUUGUAGGGUGGUCGCUGUCCAUGUCCUGGUUUUGGAGAAAAAGAAGGAUUAUUAUGAUUUUCCUUCAGAAGUACAAUCCAGGACACACUUCGUUGACAUUCCGCUUGCGGGUUUUGUGCUGGAUGAUGGGUUGUCUACAUGUUGUUGCUGGGCGAAUGCUGAAAGAGCAGCGACCUUGUUAAGGCUGCAUGAAGAACUUCCAUUGGGAGCUUUUGAAAGUAGUGGCUGCACAUUCAAAUGGGUCGGAAUAGACAAAAGUUGCUGGAAAAGCACUAUGUAUCAUCUGAAAAGAAUUAUAAAGAAGCAUGACAGAAUCACUGUUAGAAACAGUGGAUCUAUGAUGGAGUCUUCUUAUCAAGAUCUUACAGUUUCUGCCCUGUCAGAUAAUGCUCUCAGCAGCUCAGAUGAGAAUCUCCUCAAAGUCAUUAUCUUUAAUGCUUGUUUUGGGACAUUGUUGAAUAUUGCUGCUAGUGUGAUGGAUUCUCAUGCUGUUAAGCAGUUGGAGCAAGAUCACCUUAUGUCAAUGGAUGUGACAGUGCUUCCCAUGCAAAAUAUAUGGGCUAUGGAAGUUAAGUACAUGGAUAUUCUUACUGAGGCCAGAAACAUGAUUCAACUGCUAGACAGGUAAUUAAUGAUAUUGCAAAAGCUGCGGGUCAUGCAAUAUGAUGUAUGUUACAUGCAUUUCUGCUCUUUUCCCCUACUCAAUUUGGCGACAUUGCUGGAACUGGCGCCUGCUGGUUCAUUUAUAGAAUCUAUUAGCUCAACUUGCUGCCUUCCAUGUCAAUGAUCUCAGAUGUGUUUAUAGGCUUGUCUAGUGAAUGUGGAAGUUAAUACAAAGUGCAAGCUAGGAGUUUGUAUCGGUGCCAGAUUUUCAUGGCAACACCAUAGAAAUCUAUACCUCAAUUUAACGUACUUAUUUUGGGCCUAAAAGCUGAAUUGUGAUCAAGUAAACCUUCAACUCUUUCAUGAGAGAUUAUAUGCUAUAGCAUAUCAGGUGACCUAUUCCAAUCUCA